GGCGGCACUUCCGGUCAGGCCCUCGGGUCUCCCCAGAGCAGCGGCGCCUCCUCCGCCUCCUCGGCCUCCUCCCGGCGGAGACCCCCGGCGCCGGUCUCGCACCCCCACCGGCUGAGAUGGAGGCGAACGCGGCCGGCAGCGGCGCGGGGGGCGGCCUCGGGGGCGAGGACGGGGUGCACUUCCAGAGCUACCCCUUCGACUUCCUGGAGUUCCUCAACCACCAGCGCUUCGAGCCCAUGGAGCUGUACGGGGAGCACGCCAAGGCGGUGGCCGCCCUGCCCUGCACCCCCGGGCCCCCGCCGCAGCCCCCGCCGCAGCCCCCGCCGCCCCAGUACGACUACCCGCCCCAGGCCGCCUUCAAGCCCAAGGCCGAGACGCCUUCUUCGUCCUCCUCCUCUUCCUCCUCCUCUUCCUCCUCCUCGACCUCCUCCCAAGCCAAGAAGCCUGACCCACCCCUGCCGCCCGCCUUCGGGGCGCCCCCGCCCCCCCUCUUUGACGCCGCCUUCCCCGCCCCGCAGUGGGGCAUCGUGGACCUCUCGGGACACCAGCACCUGUUUGGGAACCUGAAGCGGGGAGGACCCGCAUCGGGGCCAGGGGUGACGCCCGGGUUGGCCACCGCCGCCGGGACCCCCGGGCCGCUCCCCGCCCCCGCACAGACGCCGCCGGGACCCGUGGCGGGGGCGCCCUGCGACCCCACCAAGGACGACAAGGGCUACUUCCGGAGGCUGAAGUACCUGAUGGAGCGGCGCUUCCCGUGCGGCGUGUGCCAGAAGUCCUUCAAGCAGUCCUCGCACCUGGUGCAGCACAUGCUGGUCCACUCGGGCGAGCGGCCCUACGAGUGCGGCGUCUGCGGCCGCACCUACAACCACGUCUCCAGCCUCAUCCGCCACCGCCGCUGCCACAAGGACGCCCCGCCCGCCACCGGGGUCCCGCCGCAGCCGGCUGUGGCCCUCCCGCCGCUGGGUCUGCCGGCUCCCCCCGCCGCCGGCGUCCCCCCCUCCAUCCCGGCGGGCCCUCCGCCCACCACGCCCGCCGCCCCCGCCGCCGCCGCCGCGGCCCCCUCCGUGGACGGAAACGCAGUCCCUGGCGCACCGGCCAGCGUGGGGGCGCCCCCUCCCCCUGCGGCGGCGGGUGGCGGCGAGGGCCCCUUCGCCUGCCCGCUCUGCUGGAAAGUCUUCAAGAAGCCCAGCCACCUGCACCAGCACCAGAUCAUCCACACCGGGGAGAAGCCCUUCUCGUGCUCCGUGUGCAGCAAGAGCUUCAACCGCAGGGAGAGCCUCAAGCGCCACGUGAAGACGCACUCGGCCGACCUGCUGCGCCUGCCCUGCGGGGUGUGCGGCAAGGCCUUCCGCGACGCCGCCUACCUGCUCAAGCACCAGGCGGCGCACGCGGGCGCGGCGGGGCCCCGGCCCGUGUACCCCUGCGACCUGUGCGGCAAGUCCUAUUCGGCGCCGCAGAGCCUGCUCCGCCACAAGGCCGCGCACGCACCGCCCGUCGCCCCCGGCGGGGUGGCCGAGGCGCCCAAGGAUGCGGCGGCGGCGGCUGUCCCGCAGCCCGCGCCCGCCUUCCCCCCGGGCCCCUACCUGCUGCCGCCCGACGCCCCCGCCACAGACACCGAGAAGGCGGCGGCGGCCGCGGCGGCCGUGGUGUACGGGGCCGUGCCCAUGCCGCUCCUGGGCGCGCACCCGCUGCUGCUCGGCGCGGGGACCAGCGGGGCGGCUGGCACGGCCGCCGGUGGCCCCGGGAAGACCUUCUGCUGCGGCAUCUGCGGGCGUGGCUUCGGGCGCCGCGAGACCCUGAAGCGCCACGAGCGCAUCCACACGGGCGAGAAGCCGCACCAGUGCCCGGUGUGCGGGAAGCGCUUCCGCGAGUCCUUCCACCUGAGCAAGCACCACGUGGUGCACACCCGCGAGCGCCCCUACAAGUGCGAGCUGUGCGGCAAGGUCUUCGGCUACCCGCAGAGCCUGACGCGCCACCGCCAAGUGCACCGGCUGCAGCUGCCCUGCGCCCUGGCCGGGGCCGCCGGCCUCCCCGCCACCCAGGGCGCGCCCGGGGCCUGUGGGCCGGGCUCUGCGGCCGCGGCCGCGGGGGCCGCCGAGGGCCUGAGCUACGCCUGCUCGGACUGCGGCGAGCACUUCCCCGACCUCUUCCACGUCAUGAGCCACAAGGAAGCCCACAUGACGGAGAAGCCCUACGGCUGCGACGCCUGCGGCAAGACCUUCGGCUUCAUCGAGAACCUCAUGUGGCACAAGCUGGUGCACCAGGCCGCCCCCGAGCGCCUGCUCCCGCCGGCGGCCGGCGGCCAGCAGCCCGCCGACGGCUCUGGCGGCGCCGUCGAGGCAGCCAGCAUGCUGGACAACGGGCUGGCCGGGGAGGUGGGGGCGGCCGUGGCGGCGCUGGCAGGGGUGUCCGGGGGCGAUGACGCUGGCAGCACGGCGGGGGCCGGGGGCGCGGGGGGCGCCAGCUCCGGCCCCGAGCGCUUCAGCUGCGCCACUUGCGGCCAGAGCUUCAAGCACUUCCUGGGCCUGGUCACUCACAAGUACGUGCACCUGGUGCGGCGGACCCUGGGCUGCGGGCUCUGCGGCCAGAGCUUCGCCGGCGCCUACGACCUGCUCCUGCACCGGCGCAGCCACCGGCAGAAGCGCGGCUUCCGCUGCCCGGUGUGCGGCAAGCGCUUCUGGGAGGCGGCCCUGCUCAUGCGCCACCAGCGCUGCCACACGGAGCAGCGGCCCUACCGGUGCGGCGUGUGCGGCCGCGGCUUCCUGCGCUCCUGGUACCUGCGGCAGCACCGCGUGGUGCACACCGGCGAGCGGGCCUUCAAGUGCGGCGUGUGCGCCAAGCGCUUCGCGCAGUCGUCCAGCCUGGCGGAGCACCGGCGGCUGCACGCGGUGGCGCGGCCGCAGCGCUGCGGGGCCUGCGGCAAGACCUUCCGCUACCGCUCCAACCUGCUGGAGCACCAGCGGCUGCACCUGGGCGAGCGCGCCUACCGCUGCGAGCACUGCGGCAAGGGCUUCUUCUACCUGAGCUCCGUGCUGCGCCACCAGCGGGCGCACGAGCCCCCGCGGCCCGAGCUGCGCUGCCCCGCCUGCCUCAAGGCCUUCAAGGAUCCCGGCUACUUCCGCAAGCACCUGGCGGCCCACCAGGGCGGCAGGCCCUUCCGCUGCUCCUCCUGCGGCGAGGGCUUCUCCAACACCUACGGCCUCAAGAAACACCGCCUGGCGCACAAGGCCGAGGGCCUGGCGGGGCCCGGAGCAGGGGCCGGCACCCUGGCCGGGAAGGAGGCCUGACCUGGGCGGCUCCCCAGGUGCCAUUGCACUCAGAUGUCCCUGUCCCGACGCGCCCCGCCCCGGCCGCGGGUCAGACUGCCGCCUCCGCGCUGUGUCCCUCCAUCCUCCAGAACUUCAGGCAGCCCGGCCUCCUCCCGGCCCCGGCUGUGCAAACCCCAGGCUGAGUCACUCCCACCCGGACCCCUCCGGCCCUCCUCCCAUCCCGUCUGACACUGAACUUGAUCCUCCGUCUGACCCCGUUUUGUAACCCCCAUCAGCCCGCCCAGCAGCGCUCGGUCCCCCACGAGCUCCGGUGGAGACGGGCAGGAGCUGCCCGUCCCCCUCCCUGGGUUUCCGGCUGGACAGCGGGAUUUGAGCGGAGUGGGGAGGGCGCC